AGCUGGAAAUACACCCGGUCAUUUGUGAUGGACGGAAAUUUCAAAGCCGAACACCUGCAUCCCAUCAAGCCAUAUGAUGAAGUUUGGCUCUCCGAUGGGUUGGGGUUUAUGGUGGGAAAGGAAAGGUAUCAAAAGCAUCUUGAAGAGGCUGCUGACACUGUGGAAAAAUCGAGCUGCAACAAUCAUUGGGCUGUCAAUCAU